UGGAGACCAGCCCCCUGUCGUGCAGCCGCCUGCCCAAGCGCCUCUUCCGCGCCAUGCGCGAGGCGGCGGAGACCUUCGAUUACCGGUACGCACCGAAGUUCAAGGGCAUCUGUGCCUCGGACCGGGCGGGCAAUUUCCAAGUCCUGAUCGAUAUCCGUGGCGGUUCUCUGCAGUACUUCAUCGACGAGAUGGACGUGGAGGUGUUUAAGCAGCGCAACAAGUACGUCACCAGCCUCACGCACCACAAGGGGCGCACCAUCCUAUUCGGCGAAACGAAGACGGUCCGGCAGUUUGUGCGCGUGGAGUUUCUUGCGAGGCUCGUCCAAGGACGGCCGGACCUGCUGCGCCCGGAGAGUGACUCUCCGGGCGGUUUGGACCGCCCAAUUUUCGUCAAUGUCGACCGCGAAAUUCAUCACGGCCCGCUCUGGAAGGUCGCUGGGGGAGAGGAAAAAAGCGAUGAGGCGGGACCCGGAAGUAGAUCGGAAGCGGUGACGUUUGGGAGCGGGUUGCUAUCUUCCGGUACUUCUACGGAGGCGUCCGAAGGGAUAGAGGUACUACGCAGUUCAUCUGAGACGACGGCGCUCGAUCAUGGCCUAGGUCGAGUUGGAGACUGCUCUGGACCUGUGGUGCCGACAACGUCUCGGUUGGGACGUGCAGUAGACUUGGGGCCUGCAGGAAAGGAUUUGACGAGCGCAUCAGCACCACGGGCGGAGGAACGACAAGGCGAAGAUAGGUCACAGGCGAGAACAGACUCCGAUGCUGCUCGAAUGAAAUCACAAAAUUUCGUCCCUCUGGAUCCGAAGUGGUUCGUCGAUUUAGAGUUCGACCUCGGCCUUUGGCCCGUGGUCUGCAGGGCUAACCUCGGGCAGCUUGUUGACGUCGUGCUGGAAAAGUUUCUGAUUCCGGUCCUGGAGAACUUCAAGCUUGUCCAGGACGAAGACGAAUGCGUGGAGAAGAAGCAGCGCAUAGUUAUCUGGGAGUUUGGCGGCUCCUGGGUGCUGGCAGAAUGCUUGCACGCCGUGUUUCAAAAGUUGAAGACGUCAAAGAAAAUUUGCAUCGUGUCCAUUCAGCACCCGCGCGACAUUUGGCAGCGGCAGGAGGCCAUCCGAAUGCGGACCCCAGAUGGGGUUGAAGCGCAACGUCCUGCGGAAAGCAAAACGAGCGCAGCGGACGUUCAGCGUGAACAGGUGGAAUGGUUUGGUGACGAGGUCACUGCCUUCAGCAGCGGUCCUGUAGAGGGCGCCGCCUCUCCUGAGAUGGAGCAGCGGCCAGACGAAUCUACCUGUACCACGGAGCCGCUGAUUAAUACAGAUCGGCAUACAACCUGCAGGGAUGCCUCCCUUCCAAACGAGGUUCAACAAAGCGAUACAGUUACACGAACGCCGCCACAGGAGGUCGACGAUGACCGUCUUCAUGCUGUUUCUCGGGACCACGAGGAGAAAAAUAAGGUUGCCGAAACGUCGGCGGAACAAAUCGGCGACGCGCAGGGCCGCGCCCACAAGUGUUUGGACGAGGAGUUUGAAGUGCAGCCGUUGACUAUCCUGAGUAAAAACGUACCCACACCAGAGUUGUAAUGCAGAUUUGCAAAGACAGGAAGACCUGUAAUGCGCAUCCCCAUGAGAGCCAUUUCCAAUCGUGUUUUGGAAUUUGUGAUGCUGUGAACAGGAUGAGCAGAUGAAUCUGUGACGCGGCUGCACUUGCUAACCUGCACUACACUGCGUAAUGCAAUUUGUCAUGCGUGACUCACAAAACUCCCAGGUUUGUGUUGCAAAAUUCCCACCCUGACUCUGGUGUGGGUACGUUUUUACUCAGGAUAUUGACGCGCAUUUGCGCUGACGUGGGGCGGAUGCCGGUUUUGGAGAGGUUGCUGGUCCUGGCGCGGAAGGAGGACGGCUUUCAGUUCGACGUGUCACAGCAGACUGAGGUCAACCAAGGCCGGGGUAUGGCCAUGGAGCACAUGCAGGCGUGGGCGCUGAGUCGCAACGUGGCUGCCGGCGGCGCCACAGCCGAGGACGGCUCUUCGGGUGUGGAUCCGGCCCUGGGGGCCCUGGUGCCGAAGAGGAGCGGGCCAGAGUUCGACUACGCUGGUGCAGCGGGAGGUGCCAGUGACGGAGAAGAGCAGAAGGGUGCCGAGGUCGACGACCAGUGGAAAAAGAAGCUCAAGACCCUGUUCAAGCAGCUGGCGAAAAAAUGGCACCCCGACAAGUCGCGGGAUACCUGGUUGUCAGCAAAGUUUCAGGAGGCCGCGAAGAGCUACGCGCAACUGGUUAAGGGCGAAAAAGGGGAUCCUGACGAGGACGGGGACCAUCCCGAGGCUACGGGGGACGCGACCGACAUCUUUGGCGAGUUCGAGUCCUUCUCCGCUGAAGCAGAUGCAGGUAGGAGCAGUGCGUACGGGGAUCCGGAAGACCAGGUGCUAUUUGUCGAGGACGUGGCGAGGAAGAAGUUCCAGAAUUAUCCACAGUACCUGCCGCCCCCGGAUCUGGUCAUUUUCACCUACCAGGACUGCCACAACUCGUGUGUGCGGCGGUUCAUCCGGUUCCACCUGAACAUCAAGCACUUCAUCCUCAUCGUCGAGCACGAAAUCCACAUGAUGAAGAAGCCACUGUACCACUUCGCCCGCCUGGGCUACGUUAUCGACUUGAUUCAGCCCAUCGACACCAGUCCGCACGUGAACCGUUUGUGCGCGAUUUUCAGUCUGCGCUACGUGGAAAAGCGGCGCAGGCACCCGGGCCAGCAGCGUUACAUGGCUCUGCUGGAAGGGGGCGACUGCACGGAGCGGUCGCUCUUGGCGCAGAAGGAGCAGCUCCUCCAACUUGCGAAUCCACAGCGAAAGCAGCUCAGCUCGGGCAGACCCAACCUCCUCCAUAUCUCGGCAGGAAACACACCAGACGAAGCUUCCAGGACUCGCGACGGUGGAAACUACGGUGGGAGGACAGCAGUGAAUAGCGCCGAACACAUCGAGGAGGCACAAGCUCUGCUCGCGGGCGCUGGCCCGACACACCAGCCGGGAAGCAGUCCGAACCAACUGACUUUGGCCGCGGUCACCUCGGAAACGACGCUAUUGGAACCUCUUAGCUUCUCCGAUGAGGACCACGAGGAGACGAGACCGCGCGACGAAGUCAAAGACGCGGAAGAGCAGCAGCCUUUGGAUUUCGGUAAGGAUAAGAAGCAGCGAGCAGCGCUUCUUGCGACUCGGCAGGGCAACCUCUUCUUCAAUGUGCUAGGGGAACAACGGCGAGUAGAAGAAGACGAGCAGUGCUUGAGGCUAAAGGCUGGGAGCGAGAAGAGGACGAGGAAGGCUGAGGAAGACCAAGGCUCAACGAAAAAGAUUGAGAUGCAAGAGCGGUUGAUGCAGGUACUGUCGCCUGCAGACGGGGGAAUGCGCUCAUCUGGAACUUUUGGGUGUUUUACAAGCACAAAGUCGGAGCUCGGGGGUCGAGGGAAAAAGAAAGAUCUAGCAGAUAAACUGCGGGGAAAGGCCCCGGAGCACGCGGAGCCCAAAAAGCCGAAAUCCGCAAGAAGAUGGAUUACAAAAUGAAACAUUGGAUUUUCGUAUAUGUUUUACUUCUGCUACAAGGAAACGCAUUUCCUCCAUUUGAUCGUGACCCCCUCGCGUGGAGGAUAUCCUCGUGUUAACAAGGAGAAUCUUCUCACAGGUUCGCUGCUGAUUUUGAGACAAAAUGUCGUGUCAGGUGAAAUUGAAGUUGCAAGAGCAAGCAAGCCAGAUCCCACGGUCUUUGGUCGUCAACAGAAAUAU